AUGGGGAAAUUGAUCAGAAUGGGGGCACGGGAGAGGCGGUUACUCCGGCCAAAGCGGCUUCAUUGGAGUCGCCUCCUCUUCCUGUUGGGAAUGUUGGUCAUCGGUUCCACCUACCAGCACCUGAGGAGCCCCUGGGGCCUCCCCUCAUUGUGGGCAGCAGUCUCCUCCCAACAUUCUGUAAAACUGGCCAGCCGUGACCUCCCUGACAAUGAGAUGAUGAUGGUGAGCAGUGACCCUCCAAGAGCUAGCUCUGAAAUGGAGGUGCCCCAAGCCACGGUGGGCAGGGUUCGUGAAGCAACACCUGGGAUAACAAUGAAGAAUACACACGAUCCACCCAGAAGAACAGCCGAUAUCACUCCAACAAUACCCAAGAUUAAGUACACAGCAGGAGACAUAGAAAGAGUGAAGGGAGACAGCACAACCAUACCCAGUGGAGUACUGAGUCACUACACCCCAACUUCAAACAGACCAACAGUGAAGAAUUACACCCCAACACCACCACCCAGGGGAGAAAUGCAGAGCUACAAUCCAAUUCAAGCCAAGGGAAAGGUGAAGAGAUACACCCCAUCUCCACUUGGUAGACUAGUAGGCAAUUAUGCCCCAUCCACACUCAUGACAAUGACAAGGAGACAUGGGGUCACCCCCAGAACAACAGUGAAAGACAGUGAAAUUAUGACAACCACCAAAAUAUUGGAGACUAACCCCUCUAAGAGAAUGGUGGAGGAAACCACCCCAGCUACUUUCAAGGGAAUAAUUAACACCCCAACUUUCCAGAUAAGUGGUAUAGAAACAAACAUCUUGACUUCUCCAAGAAGUAUAACAGAAAAGAACACUGUGAAUACCCCCAGAACAGUGGACAGUAAGAGCCCAAUCAAGCCACGGGGGUUAGUGGGAAAGAACAGGCUGACAACUUCUCUGGGAACGGUCCUUGAGCGCAUCACAGCCAUCUCUGAGGGGCAAGUGAUGAUAAGCACCAUGACAGGCAGUAGCCCAAAGGAAAUCAAAGCCUCUACUGCUACCUGGAGUGUUAGUGAUCCUUUGUCUAGGACCAGUGCAUUGACCAUGGGAAUAUCCUCAGCCACCUACAGGGGGCUGGCAAAGAAACCUUCCAUAGCACCCGGGACCUCAUCAACCUCCAAGGUCAGGGUGAAUCCAAAGAUCCAUGUGCAUCACUGUGUUUUUGUGGAGCCAGCCCCGGCUGUGCCCCCUGCUUCCUCCCCCAACCUGACAACAGCUGCGAUCCCAGAGGCACCCAGUUCCAGUCCCUCAGAGCUGCCCCCUGGCUGGCCAGACCUUCACUCCAAGGCAGAGUACCCCCCAGACUUGUUCAGCAUAGAGGAGCGGCGACAGGGCUGGGUGGUGCUGCACAUCUUUGGCAUGAUGUAUGUGUUUGUGGCCUUGGCCAUCGUGUGUGAUGAGUACUUCGUCCCAGCCCUGGGUGUCAUCACGGAUAAGCUACAGAUCUCUGAUGAUGUGGCAGGUGCCACCUUCAUGGCUGCUGGAGGCUCUGCCCCCGAGCUCUUCACCUCCCUCAUUGGCGUCUUCAUCUCCCACAGCAAUGUGGGCAUUGGUACCAUCGUGGGCUCUGCUGUGUUCAACAUCCUCUUUGUCAUCGGCACCUGUGCCCUCUUCUCCCGGGAGAUCCUCAAUCUCACGUGGUGGCCCUUGUUCCGUGACGUCUCCUUUUAUAUCCUUGACCUGAUGAUGCUCAUUCUCUUCUUCCUGGACAGCCUCAUUGCCUGGUGGGAAAGCCUGCUGCUGCUGCUGGCCUAUGCCUUCUAUGUGUUCACCAUGAAGUGGAAUAAACAACUAGAGAUAUGGGUGAAGGAGCAGCUCAGCAGGAGGCCAGUGGCCAAGGUCAUGGCCUUGGGGGACCUCAGCAAGCCAGGCAAUGGGGCAGUUGCGGUGGAUGAGCUGCAGGAAAACAAGAAGCUAAAGCUCCCAGCAAUGCUGACCCGAGGGAGCAGCUCGACCUCUCUGCACAACAGCACCAUCCGCAGCACCAUCUACCGGCUCAUGCUUCACAGCCUGGACCCUCUGGGAGAAGCCCAUCCCUCCAAGGAUAAGGAGGAGGAGAGCUUGAAUCAGGAGACCAAAGCCAAGCCUCAUGCUAAUGCAGAGAACAAACCAGAGGAGGAGUCAGCCAAGCUUCCUGCGGUCACGGUCACACCAGCCCCUGCUCCAGAUGUUGAGGGAGAUCAGGAGGAAGAUCCUGGCAGUCAGGGAGGAGAUGUGGCUGGAGCUGAGAGCACAGGUGAAAUAGUAGCUGAAGAGGGUGAAGCUCCUGGUGAAGGCAAAAAUGGAGAGCAAGGUGGAGGUGAGACUCAACUGGAAGGUGAAGGUGAAAUUGAAGCAGAAGGAGAAGAAGGUGAACAUGGCAGUGAACUCCAAGCAGAAGAUGAGGACAUGAAAGCUGAUGAAGGUGGAGGUGAAGGUGAACUCCAAGCAGAAGAGGGUGAAAUGAAAGCUGAUGAAGGUGGAGGUGAAGGUGAACUCCAAGCAGAAGAGGGUGAAAUGAAAGCUGAUGAAGGUGAAAAUGAAGAGCAGGAAUUCAAUGCUGAGAGUCAAGGUGAAGCCAAAAGUGACGAGAAAGGUACAGAUGGUGAAGGGGGAGGUGAUGGAGGUGACAGUAAAGAUGAAGAGGAGGACGAAGAGGAAGAGGAGGACGAUGAGGAAGACGAGGACGAUGAGGAAGACGAGGACGAUGAGGAAGAAGAGGAGGCAAAUGAGGAGCCUUUGUCCCUGGAGUGGCCUGACACCAGGCAGAAGCAAGCCAUUUACCUCUUCCUCCUGCCCAUUGUGUUCCCACUGUGGUUGACGGUGCCUGAUGUCCGGAGGCUGGAGUCUAGGAAGUUUUUUGUUAUCACCUUCCUGGGAUCCAUCGUGUGGAUAGCCAUUUUCUCAUACCUCAUGGUCUGGUGGGCUCAUCAGGUUGGUGAAACAAUAGGGAUUUCAGAAGAGAUCAUGGGUUUGACGAUCCUAGCAGCAGGCACGUCCAUUCCUGACCUCAUCACCAGUGUGAUUGUCGCUCGGAAAGGCCUGGGAGACAUGGCUGUGUCCAGCUCUGUGGGCAGUAACAUAUUUGAUAUCACCGUGGGCCUGCCUGUCCCUUGGUUGCUGUUCUCUCUUAUCAAUGGAUUACAGCCUGUUCCAGUCAGCAGCAACGGCUUGUUUUGUGCAAUUGUUUUGCUUUUUCUCAUGCUCCUGUUUGUGAUCUCUUCAAUUGCAUCAUGCAAAUGGAGAAUGAACAAGAUCCUGGGCUUCACAAUGUUCCUCCUUUACUUUGUAUUCCUGAUAAUCAGUGUGAUGUUAGAAGAUCGAAUCAUUUCCUGUCCUGUAUCUGUCUGAGGCAGAGUCACUGUUGCUCACAAUGGACGUGGAUCAGAAAACCACGCCAGAAGCUACCAUACUUCUUGUUACAUUAACAAAAGAAUGAACAUGGUCCAUGAGAGAGACCAGAGUGGCAAAGAGCCACUGAUGGGAAUGUGAUCGGGGACUGAAUGUUAGCCUUGGAAACACCCGCAGCUCGUUGUGGAUUGUCUCACCUCUGGAGGGAUGGCGUUUUUACCCCUGCCUGAUGUUGGCAGCUAUCACGUGGAGGCCAGUAGAAGGACCUCUGGAGCCAGAGGGUUUUCGGAAUGAGGGAUCAUUUGGGGGUGAGGGCUGGGACAGGCACAGUAGCAGGACAAGCCCCUAUCCUCACAGUUCCCUGAUGGUUCCUGAAAGGCUGCUGAUCCAAAGACACAGAUGUGGUCUACACCCCACCCUUUGGCCCCUGUCCCAAGCACACACUGCAACUUGCCAUCCUCUCUUUUUCUGUUUAAAACAUGAGGUUCUACCAGGUUUGUAAACGUUACACGUCCAGUUAUUGGUGGGUUUAAGGAGCUAAGACUCGGAAAAAAAAAAAAAAGUAUAACAGGAAUCAAUGAUCAUUACACACUGUAGCCCAGUAAAAUGUGUACUGAUAUUUGAUAGCUUAAAAAGACUCCCUUAGCUCUUCUUUUGCAUUUCUGAAACAUGAAAUUAAAAUAAGUAGCCCCCCAAAUGAAAAUGUAUAAUUUGCCGUUGUACCAGAAGGGGGGUGGGAUAUUAGGGAGGGCUAUUUAAAAAUAUGUACUUACUAGAAAAUCCAAAUUAGUGUUGUCUCCAUCAAGUGGUCACCUUGGGGGAUUAGACAGUCAUACAAAGUUGUCCUGACUUUGCUCCUCCAGCAUAUUCUCACCUAACAGUGACAAAUGCUACUAGUGAGUCAGAAGGGGAGUGAUUUUAUUUUAUUUUAUUUU